UGAGGUCUACAACCAACUUGAGGCUUGUCUCACAGCCCUGAGAUGAGUCUCUGGUGACUGAGCCAGAGAGAUGCCUCCAGCCUAACCUCUUAAUAUAGUUGAUGUGACUUUGGGCAAGUUACUUAACCUCUCUUUGCAUCAGGUUUCUGCUUUGUAAAGGGGUAAUGGUAGUUACCUACCUUAUAGAAUUGUGAUUUGGGGAGUUAACAUACAUAAAGCACCUAGCAAAGCCUCUAGCACAGUUAGUACAGAGCAAAGUGUAGUAUUAUUAUAAUUGCUCUAAUGUGCAAAACAGUCUGAGCCCUGCAGGAAUUGAGAGACUGUGAAGAAAAAGACACAAUGAAAUAGCAAAAUAUCAAUAGCUGGCUUAGGAGAGAAGCAGAGAAAAGGGGGCCGCAGAAAAACUUGGGAGCAAAUAGGUAUCUAGUAGGUGGGGUGUGAUAACUAGCAGAAAGCAAGCAUUGUAAGUGGAUGAUAGAAUAAACACCAAGGCAUGACCCUGCAGGGUGCCUUAGAGCUGUAGCUUUAAAACUUGUGUAUUUCACACUCUGCAUCACAAUUUUUACUAUUAUUACCCAUAUUUUAGGCCAGCUUUAAAAACUUUUCUAAUACAGGGGCACCUGGGUGGCUCAAUUGGUUAAGUGUCUGACUCGUGAUUUCAGCUCAGGUCAUGAUCUUAUGGUUCAUGAGCUGGAGCCCCACAUCAAGCUCUGUGGUGAAGCACCAAAUCUGCUUGAGAUUCUCUCUGUCUCUGUCUCUCCCUCUCCCCCCUUCUCUCUCCCCAUCUCUUGUUGCCCCUCCCCUGCUUGUGCAUGCUCACUCCCUCAAAAUAAACAUUAAAAAAAACUUUUAUAAUACGUUCAUCUCAAAGAAGCUCUAUAUUAUUGCUGUGAAAUCAAAAUCAUGCUAUUAAAUUAUGAGUUUGAUAGGCUAUUACAGUACAUUAUAAAAUACUUGUACAUCCAAAAAAUAACCUCCCCAACCAAUCUUUGGGACACCUGCUGUCGGAAAAACUUCUCCCAACUGUGACCAGAGACCAAACCACACUAGCAGCAACAUUUAUCAGCUUUUUCUUAGUGGCCCAGGCUUCACUUGGAAGAUGCUUAGUUGUGAAUUUUUUCUUGGUACUAUGUAUGUAUGGGGUACAAUUUUAAGAAACGGCCAAUUUCGAGGCACCUGGGUGGCUCAGUUGGUUAAACGUCCAGCUCUUGAUUUCGGCUGAAGUCAUGAUAGUGAGAUCAGGUUGGUAAGAUAGAGCCUGUUGUCAGGAUCUCUGCUGACAGCACAGAGUCUGGGAGUCCCUCUCCCUCUCUGCCCCUCCCCUGCUCACGUGCGCGCGCGCGCUCUCUCUCUCUCUCUCUCUCUCUCUCUCUCUCUCUCGCUUUCAAAAUAAACAUUAAAAGAAGAAGAAGAAAAGGCCAGUUUCUAGUCACAUUUCCUCCCAGGAACACUUCAUAUCUCUUACCUUUCCUCAUUCUGGGGCUUUGGGGUUAAGGAAGUAAAGUGAAACAGUUUGACCAAAUGUCAAUCUCAUAAUCAAAGUUAUAAAACUUUAAAAAUUCUGUAAGAGUAGAUUUCAUGGCCAGUUGAGUGAGACUGGUUCAGUUGUGGUCCUCUAGGAGCACCUGGCUGGCUCAGUCAGUGGAGCCUGCACCUUUUGAUCUCAAGGUUGUGAGUUCGAUCCCCAUGUUGAGUGUAGAGAUUACUUAAAAAUAAAAUCUUUUUUAAAAAUGUGGUCCUCUAAAUAAUUUGAUAUUUCUCAUGUUGCCUGUGGGAAAAUCCCAGCAGACCUCAGUACAUUGGAUCAACCCAUGAAACUAGUAAAGAAAAGAGCCAUCUCAGCCUUGCAUCAGUAGUGAGAAAUCAUUGAUAGUUCCGGAGGAAUAAAUGUUGGUUUCAAGUCAUUGAAUCCAUAAGAAGGAACACUCUUAGGGAAAAAGCACUUUUUCUAAACAGGUUGCUUCCUAGGAACAAAGACAAAAAUAUAAACCAAAGGGGAAAGAGCUUGGAAAAACAAUUUUUUAUAUGGUCAGUUUUGUUUCUAGAAUCCCAAGCUUUCUGUAUCAUGAGAUAUUUUUAUUUAUUCAGCAUUUGUGGAACACCAAUUACAGACCUGGGUAGGUGCCAAGAAUUGAGCAGUAAAUAAGAUGGAUGUCAUAACUAUCCCCAUAAACGUAAGGAUCAAUUGGGAGAAGACAGGCACUAACAAACCAUAAUUACUUGAGUGGAUGACAACAGCAACACGACAAGAAGUUCUUGGCCUCUACCGCAGAAUUUUCAGGCUUGUGAGGAAAUGGCAGGCGGCAUCAGGGCAGAUGGAAGACACCAUUAAAGAAAAACAGUACAUAUUAAAUGAAGCCAGAACGCUGUUCCAGAAAAACAAAAAUCUCACAGACACAGACCUGAUUAAACAGUGUAUAGAUGAAUGCACAGCAAGGAUUGAAAUUGGACUGCAUUACCAGAUUCCUUAUCCACGGCCAAUUCAUCUGCCUCCAAUGGGCCUUACCCCACUACGAGGCCGGGGACUUCGAAGCCAGGAAAAACUGAGGAAACUUUCCAAACCAGUAUAUCUCAAGUCUCAUGAUGAGAUUUCCUAACCCAGAAGAAAAUUUAUUUCUCAGAAGGAUGAGCCGACUAGAUCUUGAAUGUAAACCAGAUGAUGAAACCCUUCUCUUCGAUUAGGGGUAAAAAUUUAAAUAUCUUCUUAAAAACCUCUAAAAUAUUGGUAUUCACCCCAAGAUCUGUGCUCACUCCUCCUGACACUUCAUCAGGGUCUUGUUGCCUAAAGUGGAUGACACUAACCCUAGAGGUCAUGGACCUUAUAUACCCUCACUGAAGCAUCUUUGGAAACACGGCCAAGGCCUGUAGAAGUAAGAUAAGGAUGACAAAGAUUUUCAUGGAAAUGUCAUUUGCCAGUCAUGUCAGCUGAUAGGAAGAAAUCAGCCAGCUGCUGAAAGUCUUCAUAGCUACCAUAAAACUACACUGCCUUCAGAAUAUUUUUUGGCUUCUUUCUCCCGAAUUUUUGCUUAAAAAACAAAGGUUUGCUUAAAAGUGGGCUUCUUUGUAUAUGUUUUGCUGUCUUUUGACCAUCCCAGUUUCCAGAUAAACUACCCUUAGAAGGUGCAUCAUUGGAUUUAUCGUGGUUUUUCAUGGAAAUUUUACAUGACACCCUGCCCCUGCCAUAUACAUACGUAAAAGUACUUGUCUUAGGUAAAUGCGUAUGUUUACUUUAUCUUAAAGCCUGUGAUUACUUAGGAUCCACUUAGGAUUUGAAAGGCUUACUUGAAACUCAUACUGCAUUCAUUAUGAAUAUUUUAUCUUAACAUAAUUAGGAAGUACAAGGGCCAAGCUGGUUUUCAAAUUAUGUCUAAACAGCAAUGGCACAAAGAGAAAUCAAAACACAAAGGAUUUAUACUCCUGCAUGUGUGGAAUCCCAUGGCAAGUCACACACACCUUGUUAACAUUCCUUCUGACUUCCAAAGACAAUGAGCAUCACCAAUAAAAACAAAUUUUGAUCGA